GGCUGGUCGCUUGCAUCUCCUAUUGUUAUGUCAUAUGGAACACUAGGAGUAUAUAGAGUGGCCCCGAGGUCGUCCAGUCCAAUCCCAGUAAAUCUCCGCCAUCUCAUUACAUUUCCUUCUGUAUCAACUUUCCUGUCGCUCAUCCAUUCGCUGACCCUUGCCAUUCAAGAUGGCUCUAGACCAGAAGAACAUCCAAGGUGACAUCUGGCCGCGACUGCCCAAAAAAAGUGAAAUCUUCUUGUUUUGUGAGAUCACCAAUAGUGCCAAGUUCAAAGAGAAGCUCAGCGGAUUUUCAAAACACCUUACCAGUGCCCACGACGCCCAGCAGAUAUUGAGUGAGAUAUCUCGACGCAAAACAAAUGGGGAGCUUGGUCCCGACGACAUCAUCGACGCCAUGGCAGUGAAUCUUGCAUGUUCUGCCAAGGGUCUCAAGAAGCUGGAAAAAGAGGACCAAGGCGAUGACGUAUUCAGGAAAGGGAUGUAUAAUGACAUGGUGGUGGAGGGACUCGAUAGAGAGGCGGAAUGGCACGGUGAAUUCAAGGGUCGCGUGGUUACUGAGGAAGCCGUUCAAGAUUUUGUGAUUAAAGUCUUGAACCCAACAUUCAAGAAUGCCCCAGACCGCUCAGUCAAAUAUAUGUUUGCGCAGACUGGUGUCGUAUUGCAGCAUGAGUGUGAACACUUUGGGUGGGCAGACGUCGUUUCCCAGCCGUUGAUCAAGGGGUUGGAUAAACCUUCCUCGGAAAAGCUGGCGCCGCCACCUGUCAAGCCUGGCAUCAUGAUUGUUGGAGCGGAAGCUGAUACCGCAAACCAUCCCGCAUGGGCCAAGGACGGUAGCUUCAUGGUGUUCCGGAGAUCGAAGCAGCUGGUCCCCGAAUCCAUCCAAUGGGUCACCGAGACCUUCAAACCGCAAGCGACAAAUGAAAAGGGUGAAUUGAUGAUGGGAGCGUUAUCGUGUCUGUCAUCUCGACUUAUGGGAAGAUGGCGUGAUGUCGUCUCUUUGGAGCAGAAGCCACAUGCUUACGACGUUAUGAACGACGUGGCAACGCUCAUGAAGUCCAACGAUUUUGAUUUCAAGGAUAAUGAUGAUCUGGAUGAUACGCAUGCCAUUGUCCGCCGAGGGAUUCCAUAUGGACCGCAAACACAGAGAACAGAAACGCUAUCGGGUAUUUCCAUGCAUGAUCGAGGGCUACUCUUCGUUUCUUACCAGAGUAACCUUCGCCACGGGUUCCGUUACAUGCAAAAGGAAUGGUCGAAUAAAUUCUCUCACCCCGCUGGCAAGGACAAGAACUACGGUGGCGCGCAGCCAGGGUUGGACCCAAUCAUUGGCCAGUGGGCGGAGGGCGAUGAAGAAAACAACUACGCGAAUGUCCCCAGGCUUGACGACCCCCGAAAGCUUGAAAAGAUCAAACUGGAGCGGAUUGUCAUUGCGGAGGGUGGCGAGUGUUUCUUUACUUCCUCGUUCUCUGGUAUCAAGGAUUUGUGCAAGUAACUAUUAUAUUGAAUCACAAGAUAGAUAUGGUCCACGGGUAUCAUGGGCUCAUAUAUCAGAACACCG